AUGUUCAAGUGGUUUCGAUCCAAGUGUCUUCCUCACCAAAACCAAGUUGCUAGUGAGUCGGUGCACGGCAGGAACUUGGCUCUGAAAGAGCUGAGCUGCAGUGUUUGCUUGGAGGAAAACAAAGUAUGCAAAUGCGAGGAAAGUUUUGAGAGCUGCAAGAAAGUCGACUCAGAUGUUAGCGAUGAUGAGCAGCACCACGGAGAGGCCAAUAAUUCUGUUACUCAUGCUGUGAUCAACAUGACUGGGAUGCUCAUAGGUUUGGGGCAGUUAUCAACUCCAUAUGCCCUAGAAUCUGGAGGGUGGGUUUCUGCAUUCUUGAUGAUAGGACUUGGUGUUAUAUGUGCGUAUUGUUCUCAUCUACUAGGGAAAUGCCUAGACAAACAUCCCAAGUCAAGAAGCUACACUGAUAUUGGACAGAAUGCUUUUGGAACCAAAGGAAAACUCCUAGCAGCAACCUUCAUCUACUUGGAGAUCUUCAUGGCUCUUGUGUCCUACACCAUUUCAUUGCAUGACAACAUAAACAGGGUUUUCUCGGGCACCCAAGUUCAGAUUCCAUGGGCCAAGUUAUCGAGAUCUCAGCUCCUGACGUUGGCGGCGGUUCUCGUUGCUCUGCCGAGUCUGUGGUUGAGAGAUCUCUCUUCCAUAUCAUUCCUUUCCUUUGGUGGUGUUCUCAUGUCACUUGCCAUUUUUGCAUCAGUGGCAUGCACAGGGAUUUUUGGAGGGGUGAAAGCUAAUCAUAUUAUACCAGUCCUUCAGAUUCAAAACAUUCCUGCAAUAUCUGGCCUUUAUAUCUUUAGCUAUGCAGGACAUAUUGUCUUUCCUAAUUUGUACAAGGCCAUGAAAGAUCCUUCUAAGUUCACCAAGGUAUCUAUAAUAAGCUUCAGCUUAGUCACUUUGCUUUACAGCACUCUAGCCUUCAUGGGUGCCAAGUUGUAUGGUCCCCAUGUAAAUCCCCAAAUCACUCUAAGCAUGCCUCCCCAUCUUAUUGUUACAAAGAUCGCACUUUGGGCCACAGUGCUCACACCAAUGACCAAAUAUGCUCUGGAAUUUGCACCAAUGGCAAUCCAGGUGGAACAUAAUCUCCCAGAUUACAUGAGUUCAAGAACAAAGUUGAUUGUGAGAGGUACUGUUGGAUCCUUUCUACUUCUUGUGAUUCUGGCACUAGCUCUGUCAGUCCCAUAUUUUGAGUAUGUUCUUAGUCUCACUGGAUCCCUUGUGAGCAUUGCAAUUUGUGUCAUUUUCCCUUGUGCCUUCUACCUCAAGAUUUGUUGGUCUCAGAUAUCAAGGCCUCUUCUGGUCCUAAACUUCACCCUGAUUGCAUUUGGAUUUGUUCUUGGAUUGUUUGGAACCAUUUCCUCUUCAAAGUUGCUCAUGCAAAAUCUGAGCAGAGCUCACUGA